AUGAGGCUUUUCCGGAGACGUUACAGCCCCUUGAAGGUGGCUUUGGCGGGCGCCGUCUUCGUCAUCUUCCUCUUCAUCCUCCAGAAGGACGUGGGGAACAAGGAUCCGAGCGAGGAACCCUGGUUGAAGAACAUCGUCCAGGGGAAGGACCAAGUCCUCGACCUCAUGCUGGGGGCGGUCAACAACAUCCGCGACUCGAUGCCGAAGCUGCAGAUCGGCGCUCCGGUUCGGCAGGAGGAACCGCCGCCCGGUGCUCGCUCCUGCCUGCCCGGCGUCUACACGGCGGCGGAACUUCGGCCGCUGAUGGAGAGACCCCCCCAAGCCCCCGCCAGCCCCGGAGCCGACGGCAAAGCCUUCAAGAAAGAGCGAUGGACGCCGGAGGAGACGAAGGAGAAGGAGCGAGGUUACGAGAAACAUUGCUUCAACGCCUUCGCCAGCGAUCGCAUCUCCCUCCAGCGAGCGCUGGGACCCGACAGCCGUCCGCCGGAGUAAGAGCCCUCACCCGGAGCCGUGCGGGUCCGUUUGCUCCUGGAAGAGGGGGGGAACAAGUUUAAGGGGCAAUAAAAGCGGAUCGGGAGCGGGAUGUCACCGAGCGUUGGCAGAGGAUUGAAAGGAAGGAGGGCUGAAAAGAAAAUGNNUGGCUAUGUGGAGCAGCUCCAGAUCGUGCGCGUGGUGCGGCAGGAGGAGCGGAAAGGGCUGAUCACGGCGCGGCUACUGGGGGCCAGCGUGGCCAGCGGGGAGGUCCUCACCUUCCUGGACGCCCACUGCGAGUGUUUCCACGGUUGGCUGGAGCCCCUCUUAUCCCGCAUUGCCGAAGAGCCCACGGCCGUCGUAAGCCCCGACAUUGCCACCAUCGAUCUCAACACCUUCGAGUUCUCCAAACCCCUCCAGAACGGCAAACAGCACAGCCGGGGCAACUUCGACUGGAGCCUGACUUUCGGUUGGGAGGUCGUUCCGCCCCGGGAGAGGCAGCGGAGGAAGGAUGAGACCUUCCCCAUCAAGUCCCCAACCUUCGCCGGUGGUCUCUUUGCCAUCUCCCGGUCCUACUUCGAGCACAUCGGCUCCUACGACGAUCAGAUGGAGAUCUGGGGCGGGGAGAACAUGGAGAUGUCCUUCAGGGUCUGGCAGUGCGGGGGUCAAGUCGAGAUCAUCCCUUGUUCCGUGGUGGGUCACGUCUUCCGCUCCAAGAGCCCCCACACCUUCCCCAAAGGCACCCAGGUCAUCUCCAGGAACCAGGUCCGCCUGGCCGAGGUCUGGAUGGACGAAUACAAGGAGAUCUUCUACAGGAGGAACCAGCAAGCUGCGCAGAUGGCCAGAGAGAAGACGUAUGGUGACAUUACAGACCGGCGCAAGCUGAGGGAGCAGCUCCAAUGCAAGAACUUCACCUGGUACCUCCAGACCGUCUACCCAGAGAUGUUUGUUCCUGACCUGACUCCAACAUUUUACGGAGCGGUGAGCACCGGGGUGCCCGGAGCGUCCCGCUGGGCUCAGUCUUUGGCUAGAAAUAGCCACGGCAGCGAACCCCACAUCUCCCCCCUUGGGGACCUUCACCCACUCGGGCCGUGUCUCUGUGGUCUUUGUGUGUGUGUGUGUGUGUCCCAGUAUUUUGAGCACAGGAGCCAGCGGGAGCUGCGGCACAACAUCGGGAAGGAGCUGUGCCUGCGGGCAGGUUCGGGCUCGGCCGAACUGGGCGAAUGCCAGUACCGAGGGAAGCCCGGGCGGGUGCCGGCCAGCGAGGAGUGGGACCUGACGCAGGAUCGGCUCAUUAAAAACUCGGCCUUCGGUACGUGCUUGACGGCACGAGGGAAACACCCAGCGAUGGUUCCCUGCGACCCGGCGGACCCCCACCAGCUCUGGUCCUUCACCUAA